AUGCUUCAGCACCUCACUCUGAGGAGAACGAAAAGCGUCAGGACGAACUCUCGUGCUGAGGCGAUUGCUCGUUUCGAAGAGGAAGAGUCGGAAGAGGCAUUCCACCAGUUUUGUUUCAACGAGGGCAAGUCGAAAGACUCAAGUGCUUCGAAGGAGACGAGAUCAGCUGCUGAACUCUUGCUCAAGAACCCUACGAAGGAAAUGGUGAAGAAGCAGAAGAAGGCCCGAAGCAAGCGGGACAAGUCUGGAGAAAAGCAGAAACACACGCCGGCUCUUGUCGACCAGGAAGAUGACGAUGAACUUCCAGAGACAGCACAGGAGGAGAGUGAUAAGAAAGCGGAGCAAGAAGAAGACGACUUUUUCCUGUAA